AUGGUACUCGCAACCAGUCUCAAAGGCGCCCAUGUCCUCAUCACGGGAGGCACCCGGGGCAUGGGUGAGGCAAUGGUGCAUCAAUUUCUUCAAGAAGAGGCCAACGUCUCCUACUGCGCCCGUACGGUCACCAACACCGAGUUCGAUGAGUUCUACAAGACCCUCCCCGAAGGAAAUACUGCCCGCGCAGUGGGGACCGCUUUGAAUGUGGGCAACAAAGAAGCCAUCACAAACUGGGUCAAGAGUUCUGCGGAGAGACUGGGACGAAUUGACGUGGUUAUCGCCAACGCAUCUCCAAUGCACAUGGAAGGAGAGACGGAGCACUGGCAUGAAAGCUUCGCGAUCGACGUGAUGGGCUUCGUCGAGCUGGUCAAGGCGGCAACUCCCUACUUGGAAAAAUCCCCCCAGGCUUCCAUUAUCGUACAAAGCUCAUUUAUGGGCCGCGAGUUCUAUCGCAGCCCUCCGGCGGCAUACGGGCCCUGCAAGGCGGCGCAGCUGCAGCAUGUCCAGGAGUUAUCCCACUGGUUGGGCCCCAAGGGCAUCCGGGUGAAUGCGAUAUCCCCGGGACCGAUUCUUUGCAAGGGCGGCCCGUGGGAGAAGUACUCAAAACUUAUGCCAGAAUGGGUGGAGGAGCAGCGACUGAAGAUCCCAUUGAAGAGACUGGGGGGGCCAGCCGAAGUGGCUAACGUGGCGGUGUUUCUGGCCAGUCCUCUCGCGAGUUUUGUGACAGGCACCAAUGUGAUGGUCGAUGGUGGUAUUCAUGUGGGAACGCAGUUUUAG